CCAGAAUUGACAGCGGCAGCCAACCAGGGCGUGCCCAAAUCGCGCUCUUCCCCCCUCUCCCAAAACAGGCCGCCCGCCUUUCCCCCCGUUUGCCUUCGCUUCCCUUCCCUUGCCGCCAUGCGCGUUGUCUUUGCUUUGGUGGUGUGCGGUGCGCUGCCCCUGUGCGCAGUUGGGUGGUACCUGCCCGGGGUGGCGCCCAAGAACUACCAGAAGAGCGAGCCAGUGGAGCUGACGGUCAACAAGCUGACCAGCGUGCAGACGCAGCUUCCGUACAGCUACUACCACCUGCCCUUUUGCCGUCCAGAGGCGAUAGACAGGUCGCCCGAAAACAUCGGCGAGGUGCUGGCGGGCGACGUCAUCCAGAGCUCCAGCUACGACAUCAAGAUGCUCGAGGAAAAAACCUGCACCACCCUGUGCACCGUCCCUCUCAAGGAUAAGGCCGACAGCGGCAAAGACAAAGACGAAGACAAGCAAGCCAAGGAGGGAGGGAGAGACAAGCCGGCGUUGAACGAGUUCAAGAGGGCCAUCAAGGAGGAGUACUUCGUCAACUGGAUCGUCGACAACCUGCCGGCCGCCAUGAAGUACCCCAUCUCUGAGGACAACUUCGCCUAUAUAGCGGGAUUCCCUGUGGGCUACGCCACCGAUGGCGACAAGGCCGAGGACAAGACGGCCUUUCUGCACAACCACGUGGACAUCCUCCUCAAGUACCACCCCAUCAAGACACACCCCACCAUGUCGCAGCUCGACUUCGGCGUCACCACCGAGGCCUACCGCAUCGUCGGCUUUGAGGUCAAGCCGAGGAGCAUCAGCUGGCCCGCCGACAAGAUCAAGGACAUCAGACCAAACGCCGACUGUAGCAACCUCAUCAGCGAGUAAGAAGCCAUGGAUGGCACUGCCGGCCUGACUGCCACACACGCGCAAUCAGUCGUCGAUACCACCUCGCACACGCUCUCUCUGUGUAUCUGUGUGCGCGUGUGUGUCAGCAACGGGAUGGUUCCCUUAGAUUUGGAGAAGGGCGAUGCGGAGCAGGUGCUGUUCUCCUACUCGGUGCAGUGGGAAGAGAGCGAGAUCAAGUGGGCGUCGCGGUGGGACCCCUACCUCAACAUGACCGACUCGCGCAUCCACUGGUUCUCGAUCGUCAACUCCUUGAUGGUGGUCGUCUUCCUCUCGGGCAUGAUCGCUCUCAUCCUCAUACGCAUCCUACUCAGGGACAUCUCGCGCUACAAUGCCGACGGGCUCGUCGUCGACACACUGGAGGGGCAGCAGGAGGAAACCGGAUGGAAACUUGUGCACGCCGGUACAAAUGCACCUAUCUGACUUAGCGAGUGCUUGCUUGUGAUCCAUCCGCAAAUCGAUGGAUGGUCUGUGGUUGGUGGUGGGUGUCUGCAGAUGUCUUCCGCCCCCCGCCCGGCUCUUCUCUGCUGGCUGUGUGCGUGGCGUCGGGGCUGCAGAUCCUGGGCAUGACUGUGGUGACGGUGGCCAUCUCGGCGCUGGGCCUGGUGUCCCCCGCCCGCCGUGGUGGCCUGCUUGUCGCCAUGCUGGUGCUCUUCGCCGGAAUGGGGUGCAUGGCGGGGUACAUGGGGGCGCGGCUGCACAAGUACUUCGAGCAGUCUAAGCUGUCGCACAUGAUCAACCACGGCAUGAAGCCGCAGAGCCUGAAGGGCGUCUAUCAUGACGGCGAGGAGGUGGAUGUGAUUGUGACGGGUGCCUACGGCCAGACGAGCGUCAGCUGGAUGACGGCGGUGCUCUUCCCAGGGCUGACCUUCGCCAUCUUUUUCGUGCUGGAUCUCUUCAUCUGGGCGAAGAACUCUUCGGGAGCGGUGCCCUUCUCGACGCUGGUGACGCUGCUGGUACUGUGGUUCGGCAUGUCGGUGCCUCUGGUGAUGCUGGGGGCGAGUAUGGGGUACAAGAAGGCGAGCUACAAGAAUCCGGUGCGGACGAACCAGAUCCCGCGGAACAUCCCGCAGCAGCACUGGCUGACCCACCCGCUGCUCAACUGCCUCGUGGGCGGCAUCCUGCCCUUCGGGGCCGUCUUCACCGAGCUGCUCUUCAUCCUGUCGUCCAUAUGGCAGCACCAGUUCUACUACCUCUUCGGCUUCCUCUUCCUGGUUUUGGCCAUCCUGGUCCUCACCUGUGCCGAGACGUCCAUCGCCUUCACGUACGUCCACCUGACGAGCGAGAACUACCACUGGUGGUGGCGCAGCUUCCUGGCCAGCGGCACGUCCGCCCUCUACGUGUUCCUCUACUCGGUGCUCUACUCGACCACCAGGCUGAAUCUGACGGGCUUUGUGCCGCAGCUCAUCUACUACGGAUACACCACCAUCAUCAGCUACGCAUUCUUCCUCCUCACCGGAGCGGUCGGCUUCCUCGCCACACUCAUGUUCGUCAGGGCCAUCUACGCAUCCGUGAAAGUCGACUAGUCGACCCCACGGACCGUCUCUCUCACACCAACGAGCGCACCGGCCGACCCACCGACCGCAUCAAUGACG